CACAGUCCUUCUAGGAAGUAGAAAAAACCCUUUGCCGCCAUUGCCGCAACUCAUUCAUUCGUGGCACCGCCGGCGAAGUUCGAGCCUCAUCUCUUUCCUCUGCAGAUAUUGAAGAAAAAAAGAAUGGGGAAGAAGAGAAAGCACAGUGAGAGAGGUGAAGGUGUGGCGCAGCCCAAAAAGGAAGAAGUUGCUCCAGAGAGACCUGCUAGGACCCUUCUGGGGUGGAAGGAUAAGAAUCAAGUCAAUAAUGAAGUUGAGGAUAAUGUUGAUUCACCUUUCUUUAGGAACAAAGAGAAGGUGUUGGUCACUUGCUCUAGGCGCAUCAAUUACAGGUACCGGCAUUUGAUGUUGAACUUGGUGUCACUUUUGCCUCAUUGCAAGAAGGAUAACAAGGUUGAAUCAAAGGAAACUAAAGGCGCCACCCUCAACGAGCUCGUUGAGCUCAAAAAUUGUUCCUCUUGUUUAUUUUUUGAGUGCCGGAAGUCAAAAGAUCUUUAUCUCUGGAUGGCAAAAUGCCCCAAUGGCCCAUCUGUAAAAUUUUUAGUUAGUGCUGUUCACACAAUGGAGGAAUUGAAGCUCACGGGCAAUCAUUUAAGUGGUUCUCGUCCUAUUUUGACAUUUUCAGAAAAUUUUGAAAAAGAUGCACAUUGGAAACUGUUAAAGGAGAUGUUGUUACAGAUAUUUGAAACACCAAAGGACCACAGAAAGGCUAAGCCUUUCCAUGAUCACGUUUUUGUUUUCUCAAUAGUUGAUGACCACAUUUGGUUCCGGAAUUACCAGAUCUCUGUUCAUCAUAAUGAGACAGACAAAUUGCCUAGAGGAGGCCUUGAUAAAAUGACAUUGAUUGAGGUCGGUCCACGGUUCUGCUUGAACCCAAUUAAAAUAUUUGGUGGCAGUUUUGGAGGCCCUACUUUAUAUGAGAAUCCGUUCUACGUGUCACCAAAUCAGAUUCGAGCUUUGGAGAAAAAGAAGAAAGUUGGAAAGUUUGCAAAGAAGGUCAAAGCCAAGACAAGGAGGAAAAUGCAUGAGAUGUCUAAUCCUCUGGAGCCUGAUGAGUUUGCAGAUAUGUGGAAAGAUUGAUUUUAAAUACAAUUGCAGCUACCACAAAAAAGUAAGAAAAAUUUAUAUUUCACCUUAUAUCAUCCAUUUCAUUGUGAAAUGGUAUAUUUAAGUUGGCAGCUGAUGAUUUGUAGCAGAUUUUGAUGUGAAUUGAUUUUUAUAUGUUCAGUUGGAGAUAUAGGCUUUAUUUUUGUUUAUGAAAAAGGGAGACCUUUGUGAUUCUAUGAUGUUAUUUUUUUGUAGUUCUAGUGGGUGCUGGUUAUUCUCUUAAAAUACAUUGAUUUGGUGGAAAUUAAAUUUUGUCUUAGAAGGUUUA